UUCUGGUUGAUCUUCGCCAUUUUUGUUCGCUCUCCCAUCUUGUUCGCGUCACAAGGUGUGGUGGUUAACGAUUAUGGAUGCUUGAUCUUCCCCAACGCAAUGGAUGUUGAUUUCCGGCGUAAAUCCCAGUCCACCCCUGCUCGGAGAUCUUCGGCGGCGGCGGCGCUGGUGGUGGACGACGACGACGGAGGUAUGGCGCUUUCUCAGGUGGUCAGGAGUCCCAGGAACAGGCUCUCUUCAUCCUCGGGUAAAACGCGGAAGCCAAUGGAGGACAAUCUGAUGGUUCAGAAGGUUAAGAAGAGGCUUGCGGAUUGGAAAACCAGCCAUGCUGUAACUGGUCCUGGAGGGAAGUUUAUGAGCUUUGAGCAAAAUAAAGCAGCAUAUGACGAUCAAUGCUCUCCUGGGGAAUUUAAAUCGUCGGCUGUGAUUCAUGCACUAGAGGUUCGAUCAAAGUUGGAACCGGAAUUUCCUAGCUUUGUGAAGUCAUUGGUCAGAUCACAUGUUGCUAACUGUUUUUUGAUGGGGCUUCCUGGGUCAUUCUGUAAGUCUUACUUGCCAGUAAGAGAUAGUACGAUGAUUUUAGAAGAUGAAGCUGGGAGAAAUUUUCAAGUAAAAUAUAUUGCACAUAAGACAGGAUUGAGUGCUGGAUGGAGACAAUUUUCUGCUGCACACAGGUUGCUUGAGGGCGAUGUUUUGGUCUUCCAACUCGUUGGGCCCGCUAAAUUUAAGGUUUAUGUUACAAGGGCAAGUGAUGUAACAGAAGUGGACGGUGCUCUUGGCCUACUCAAUUUGGAGUCUCAUACUAGGCACAGCGAUGUCGGAAAAGAGACCGAGAAUAAGGCCGAGGUGCGCAGCGACAUUUCAGACAAAAAACGUGCAAAGGGGGCUCUACUCGACUCUCCUGAGAAGCAGAGAAAGCAUAGCCCAUUGAGGUCAGCUCCAAGGCAGGUAGCAGAAUAUUCUGAAAAUACUAGUGAAGUGGUUGUUUCAGAAACAGUGGAAGCUGCUUUCAACCUCUUUCAGCCAGCGGUUCCAUUUAAGGACAUCAGAAGUUUUGAUGACUUCAACAUUGUAAUAGAUGGGCUAUCAAUAAACCCUGAACUGCCAAGAGACCUGCGGAAAAGGUACUUCAAGCUUUGCUGCAGUCAGAACAUGUUCCUCCACGAAAAUCUCAUCCAGGGCAUGAACCGAAACUUAGUUACCGGAGUUAUUUCCGAGACGAUCACUAUCGCCGAUUGCAUUAAAGCUAGCGACCUCUCUACUUCACGGGACGAGUUUUCUGCCUGGGACAAAACGCUCCGGGCCUUUCAGCUUUUUGGAAUGAAUGUUGGAUUUUUACGUACUCGGCUCCAUAGGCUCGCAAAUCUUGCGUACGAAUCAGAAAACGCCUUAGAUGUAAGAACGUUGGUAGAUGCCAAAAAUGACCAAGUUCAUGUGCAUGAUGAGAUCAGAAAUAUUGAGACAAAGCUUGUUGAGUUGAAGGAAGCUUGUGAUAGAUUUGGUGCUGCCAUUGAUGGCUUAGAUUCAAAAGCUGAAGUUUACAAGUCCAAGUUCCAGGAAGAAGUUUCAGCUCCAUGGUAAUAAUAUAUAUACUCUACUCCCUGUAAUAUAACACCAUUAUAUUUUUUUUUCCUUUUUAAUAUAAUGCUUCGUGCAUUUUGUUUU